AUCCGGCUGCACCACCACACGGCCGCGACCAACCAAAUCUUUCUCGAGCACUUUCAGGAGCUGCUCGACUCGCUUCUGCACUUGCUUCGAAAGGAGCGCACCAAGUGUGACAAGUUCUCGGCGCUGUGCCUCGUCCUCGCCCGCUUCCUGCACCUCGUCGACCCCAACGCAGUGAGCGAAGCACGACCCGCUUCGUUGUCGCGUCGCCACGAGCGCGACCUCGUGACGCGGGCCAGUAUUUAG